GAGCUCAUCAUGGACAACAGCAAGGUGGUGGAGAACAUCUACCUGCUCGUCAUCGUCACGCUCCUCAGCGUCCUUCAAAAUGCGUUCUUCGCCCACAAAGUUGAGAAAGAAUGCCAGCACAAUAAAACACCCGCCUUCCAGCGCCUCUCUUGUGCCAGUCGCAACUGUAUGGAUGUUUACCCAACGUUCCUGGCAGUCAUGUGGUGCGCCGGCCUUUGUCUCAGUCAAGCUCCAGCAGCGUUCGCUGGACUCAUCUACCUGAUGGUCAGACAGAAGUAUUUCGCUGGCUACUUGGGCCAAACCUCUCAAAGCACCCCGGGAUACUUGUUCGGGAAGAGGAUCCUCUUCUUCCUGCUGCUCAUGUGUGUGGUGGGAAUCCUCAACUACCUGCUGGUUCGCUUCUGCAGCAGGAACUACAAAGAGUACAUCGACACCAUCACCAGCGCCGCGUCCACACUCCUGCUCAUCCCGUGAUUCAUCCAGCUGGGACCAGUUUGUGCGGCAUUUCAGCAUCAUUUUAUUAGCAGCUGCACAGAUUCCACAUUUGAAUCACUUUGGACAUGUUUUACAUUUUUGUGCAAGUGAA